CAGGCAGCGCGACCCCAAGCUGGAGAGGCGGAGAGCGGCGGCGGCAUGGUAACUUCCAAGGGGGCUGGCCUGAACCCGAACGCUAAGGUAUGGCAGGAGAUUCCUCCCCAGAGCGCCGAGGCCACUCCAGCGGCCAUCAGCACUGAGAGCACGUGGCAAGAGAGCGUGACGCCAACCCCCAUCCCCUACGCUGAAGCGUACAUUGAGCCCGGAGGGGACGGCAGUAAGCAGUACAGCGUGAUGUACACCCCACCCCCCGAGACCACCGGCAGCAGCACCGCAGAGCCCACAGCCAUCAACGGCCUCGACCUGCCCCCUGUGGAGCUCGCUUACCCUCUGUAUGAGCACUCGCCAGCCACAGGCGAUGGCAGCCAAUCAGAGGAACAACCGACAACCACAGAGGACCUGAGAGAUUCCUUAAAGAAACAGCUGGAAUUCUGUUUCUCUAGGGAGAAUCUGUCCAAGGAUUUGUAUCUGGUGUCUCAGAUGGACAGCGACCAUUUUGUCCCAAUAUGGACCAUAGCCAACAUCGAGGGCAUAAAGAAGUUGACGGCUGAUAUCGAACUCAUUCUGGAUGUCCUGCGAUCAUCUCCAAUGGUGCAAGUGGAUGACAAAGGGGAGAAGGUGAGGCCGAACCACAAACGAUGUAUAAUAAUCCUGCGAGAGAUCCCGGAAACUACCCCUGUUGAGGACGUCCAGGCACUUUUCAAGAGUGAGAAUUGCCCGAAGGUGAUCAGUUGUGAAUUUGCCCACAACAACAACUGGUACAUCACAUUCCAGUCUGACAGCGAUGCACAGCAGGCUUUCAAAUACUUAAGGGAAGAAGUGAAAACUUUUCAAGGGAAGCCAAUAUUGGCCAGGAUCAAAGCGAAGCCUAUCGCCAUCAACACGUUCUUCCCAAAGAAUGGAUAUCGGGUGCUGGAGUCCAACCUGUACCCUCAGCAGACACAGACACAGCAGCAGUUUGCCUCCCCGCUAUUCAUGCAGCCCGUCUUCAACCCACAGCAGCAGUACCCUCUGUACAGCAUCGUGCCCCAGGCCUGGCCUGCCACCCCUCCCUACUUUGAGACCCCCUUGGCACCAUUUCCCAACAGUGGCUUUGUGAAUGGCUUCUCCUCCCCGGGAACGUACAAACCCAACUCCUCGUCGCAGACUCUAAUCCGCCCUUACUACAGAAACCGCGUCCCGCUGUAUUCCAGAAAGAAUGUGAUUAAUUACAGGAGUCACAGUAAACUCCACCCGCGCUCAAACACGAACAACCCGUGUGCGGAGGCGGGCGGCAGCGCGGUGGGCCAGGGUCCCCCACUGGACCCCACGGGAACGAACGCCAGCCCGAGAAGCCCCCAGGCCCAGCGGCACACGGGCAGCUCCGCGACACACCAGGACCACGGCGCCGGCUACAGUCACAGGGACCCCCUGUCGCCUGUCACGGAGCUCAACGGAGACGGCAGCCUGUCCAUGAGGGGCCGGCGCAACAUGUACAGAGGCCGGAGGAGACGAGAGGACGACAGGACUGUGAGAGCGCCGCCUCUGGAGUUACCGGCACCAAAACUGGACCUGGCCCCAUCAAACUUCCCGCCUCUGCCCGGCUCAGUGGCCAGCCCGCAGGGGGAGAUGGUGCUCGAGAACAGGAUGUCCGAUGUGGUCCGGGGCAUCAGCAAAGACAAGCAGGAGUCCAGUAAGGAGAGCAGUGUAAAUGCUUCAGUCGCAGCCUCCGACGAUGUGCCACCCAACACCGUGCCCCAGCCAUCCGCCGCAGCCAAGUGCGCGAGUCAGCCCACUCCCCUGGACACAAACACCGUGACAGUCAGCCCGUCGCAGCCCGACAAGAAGGUGACCGAGACGCCAGGACAACAGGAAACAUCCUCUCAGGCCUCCUCUUCCUCUCCCCCCUCCUCAUCCUCCCCGCCAGCCGUUAGCAAACCAGCCCGGACUAGCAGCGCCCAAGCUAGUGAGCCCAGAAAGCUGAGUUACGCCGAGGUUUGCCAGAGACCACCCAAGGACCCCCCCCCACCCCCGGUCCAGCCGCUCCGAGAACUGCGCACAAACACGGCCACCGGCAAGGCCGAGGAGAGCGCCGGCGGGGGGGCGGGAGAGAAGAGCCCGGACAAACCGCAGGAGAAGCCGGAGGGGCGGCCGAAGGAGCCGGCCGGCUACCGGGGCGGCCCGGCCCCGCGCGGAGCUGCCGGUAAGAUCAAGGAGCAACGCCGGCAAUUCGGACGCCGGGCUUCACCUCAGGGGGCUGGCAGGCGUUCCGGGAAAGAGCAGACCGCGCCUCCCAAAUCACCAAAGUAAAAACAAAGCAAAAUCAAACUGUGCUCACCUUCCUUCUCCCUCC